GUUAAAUAUGAUAUUUCAGAAGAAUGAGUACGGACAAGAUCUCUGUAUGGGAGAGUAGCUGGUCUGGUGGAGACACCUCCUGGCACCUUCAGGAGACAAAUGACAGACUUCUCGCUAACAUGAACGAGCUGACAGGCUGUGCUGAACACGGUGAUAAUGUGAAAAAGAGCAUCUUUGUCCCACUGUGUGGUAAAACCAAGGACAUGAUUUACCUACACGGAUUGGGACACACUGUGGCUGGAUGUGAGUGGGUUGAGUCUGCUUGUAUACAGUUCUUUACUGAAAACAGUAUAGCGUAUACUAGAACACCCCUGGAGAAUGUGGAAGGGUUCCUAUACCAGUCUGAAGAUGGAAGAUUACGAGUAUAUCAAUGCGACUUCCUGCUGCUCACUAGCGACGUUGUCGACAUCAAGUUCGAUGCAGUUUGGGACGUUCAAGCCCUUGUCUCCAUCAACCCCAGGGACAGGAAGCAGUACGUCAGAGCAGUCAGAUCCCUCCUAAAGGAUGAAUUCCGGUACCUAUUAGUAACCAUAGAAUACGAACCCUUUGCGCAUCUUGGUCGACCCCACUCCAUAUCAUACAAUGCAGUCAAAGAAUUAUUCGGUAAGCACCACUAACAGGGGUAUAUAUUA